UCCACAAAUAUCCCUUAAAAGCUUAUAAUAUAGAACUUGUUUAUCAUUAAGCUAUGGCCAUAUUGUUCAUCUUAUUCUUAUCAUUCAUGAUCAAUUCUCAUGGAAAUGCCCUGAGUUUGAAUCACUACGAUAAAACAUGCCCGGACGUGGAAACCAUUGUUGCAAAUGCGGUUAAGAGUGCAGCAAAGAAGGACAAUAAUGUCCCUGCGGCUUUGCUAAGGAUGCAUUUCCACGAUUGCUUCAUACGGGGUUGCGACGGUUCUGUAUUACUAAACUCCGUGGGAAAGAACAAGGCAGAAAAGGAUGGUCCGCCCAAUGGGUCACUACAUGCGUUUUAUGUUAUAGAUAAUGCCAAGAAACAAAUUGAAGCAUGUUGUCCCGGUGUUGUUUCUUGCGCUGACAUCCUCGCCUUUGCUGCUAGAGAUGCGGUUGUGCUUUCCGGAGGACCAACAUGGAAUGUACCAAAAGGGAGGAAAGAUGGAAGGACAUCAAAGGCAAGUGAGACCUCACUAUUGCCAUCUCCAACAUUGAACAUCUCCCAACUUCAAAAGAGCUUCUCUCAAAGAGGGCUUUCUUUGGAUGAUCUAGUAGCUCUCUCAGGUGGGCACACACUAGGAUUCUCCCAUUGUUCCUCAUUUAAAAACAGGAUUUUUAAUUUCAACUCCACCAAUGGCAUAGACCCUUCAAUGCAUCCAUCUUUAGCCGGUAGUUUAAGAAACAUUUGCCCAGCUAAGAACAAUGGAAGAAACGCAGGGGCAUACAUGGACCCUUCAUCGACGACAUUCGAUAACAACUAUUACAAGUUGAUCCUACAGAGGAAAGCCCUUUUCUCGUCCGAUCAAUCUCUGCUUGGUUUUCCAAAGACAAGGAAUUUGGUCAAUAAGUUUGCCAACUCUAAGGAAGCUUUCAUAGAGGCUUUUGUGAGAUCCAUGAUCAAGAUGAGCAGCAUCAAUGGAGGACAGGAGAUUAGAAAGGAUUGCAGAGUUAUCAACUAAUUAAUAUUGUAACCUUCUAUGAAUCUGCAUCUGCUCAAAUGAGCUUCAUUAUUAAAUU